AUGGAAUUAACUCAGCAGCUGGCAAAUCAGAUGGCGCAAGCGGUGAACAGAAAUGGGCAGGCCAUUCCGAGCCAGACACCAAUUCUUAAUGGCGGACAGCCAAUGGGCAAUAUUUGGGAUCCCAGGUUGUCGUGGCUUUAUCCAUAUAUGAGCAAGUCGCCACAAAAACGGAAAGGAGGACAAAUACGAUUUACCAAUGAGCAAACCGAUGCUCUCGAACACAAAUUUGAUUCUCACAAGUACCUGAGUCCACAAGAAAGGAAAAAACUUGCAAAAUCGCUGAGUUUGAGUGAACGACAGGUAAAAACUUGGUUCCAAAACCGGAGGGCGAAGUGGCGAAGAGUAAGAAAAGAUGGUGAGGAGGAGGACGAGCUACCUAAUGGGGCAUCAGCAAGAAGUCUUGGACAGUUACAAGCUCCACAUCCUUUUCCAUUCCCAACACGACUUUAA